AUGGGAUGCUGUGUUUGCAAGGCCAUUUUUGCUGGCUAUAAGGAGGUCUCAGUAACCAAUGACAGCACAGCUCUUCUUGAAGUUGAAGAUGUGUAUGCCAGAGAUGAAACUGAAUUCUCCUUAGGCAAGAGAGGCACUUAGGUGAACAGAGGAAAAAAAAAAAACCUAGUGACUCCUGGAGGCAAACUCAACAAAACCAGAAUAAUCUGGGGAAAGAUAACUCUGGCCCAUGGGAAGAGUGAUGUGAUUCGUGCCAAAUUCCAAAGCAUCCUAUUUGCAAAGGCCAUUGGAUACCAGAUCUGUAUGAUGCUGCACCCCUCACAGAUGUGCGCUAAUGAAAAGUAAGUAAGUAAAAGUGGAUUUGCAGCCUUCCAAAAAUAUUCUACACGUAAAGAAUGAUUUUAGUAGCCGGGCAUGGUGGCACA